AUGCAGGUGUAUGCCCAGGAUAUCCUGCAACGGCUGUAUGAGAUCAAGGCCACAAUCACAUCACAAUAUGGUCGAACCUUAAAAAUGGAUUCCACUAAAAAAGUGUCCAGAAAACUAGCAGGACACAGCUAUGGCACCGCUACCUGGGCACCCGAUGUUGGCAAUGCGCAUGGACAGGUGAUCACAGCCAGUGAAGGUUUUGGUCUCGGGCCAAUGAUUGAAGGCCUCAUCAAGCGAUACAGGGUGGCUCGUCCCGAGGUACUGUAUGUCGACCGAGCCUGCUGUGGCAACACUCUUCUGAUGCGCUGUGACGGAGUAAGGGGGUCCUGCUUCACAAUGGUAGCACGUGUUUACAAGCACAUCAGAGAGUGCAUCCUCACCAAUGCAAAGGUGAUGAUCGAGACCACCAUCCAGCUCCCAGAAGUGAACGCUGCAACAGUCACACAAUGCCAAUCUUUAUUUGAGGAUAGUAAGAGUGUUAGGACUGUAGAAAACACUUCGGAUGCGAGCAAUGUUAGCGCACACAGCUCGGUUCCGGUUGAAAAUCCCCUGCAGCUGGGAAACUUUGUGACGGUGAGACGGCAUAGUCGCAGGACAAAACAUCACUCAACCGUUCCGAUUAAAGUCUCGAACAGGUUUGCCCCGCUCAGUGACGCACCGACUGAGAAACCUGCUGAAAGUGCCCUAGUGAUCGGUGAUUCUAUUGUCCGGAACGUUAAUAUAGAGACACCAGCCACCAUAGUCAAAUGUUUACCGGGAGCCAGAGCGCCUGGCAUCAAGUCAAAUUUAAAUGUGCUGGCUAAGGCUAAUCGUAAAUACAGUAAGAUUGUUAUUCAUGUCGGCACAAAUGAUGUUAGACUCCGUCAAUCGGAGAUCACUAAAGAUAAUAUUAAAGAGGUGUGUGAGCUCGCAAAAACGAUGUCAGACACUGUAAUAUUCUCUGGCCCCCUUACUGCUUACCGUGGUGAUGAGAUUUAUAGCAGAUUAUCAUCACUAAAUGGCUGGUUGUCUGAGUGGUGCCUGCAGAAUAAUAUAGAUUUUAUAAAUAACUGGAAGAGUUUUGAGGGCAGACCUGACCUGUUGAAACGAGAUGGUCUCCAUCCCUCCUGGGAUGGGGUUUCCCUCCUCUCUAGAAAUUUGGCACACAGUCUUAAUAAUGCUAAAGUCUGACUACCUAGGGCCCAGGUCAGGAAGGAGACAGAAUGGCUUAACCAACUGCUUGCCGUCUCGCGUUACAGAAUACACAAAAUAUACAACAUGUAAUAAUCCCUUUUUACAAACAACAUAAAAUAGAGACUGUGUCUGUCCCCCGGAUUAGCAAACAUAAAAUAUUGCGUAAACCUCUUGAAAGUAAUUUAAUAAACGUUAAACAAAUCAAACAUGAACAAAAUACAGAUAAUCAACUGUUACGACUCGGAUUGCUUAAUAUUAGAUCUCUCUCAAAUAAAGCACUUUUUGUUAACGAUUUGAUAACCGAUCAUAAAAUAGACAUGCUUUGUUUGACAGAAACAUGGCUAAAGCCAGAUGAUUAUAUUACUCUAAAUGAAUCCGUACCCCAUGAUUAUUACUAUAAACACGAGCCUCGUCUAAAAGGUAGAGGGGGAGGUGUCGCUGCACUUUACAAGA